CAUACCGUCAUUUUAAGACAGGAAGAGUAGAGUAUGGCUGUACAGUGAAUGUCUUUUUACAAACCUCAAUCUUAUAUCCAUUUGCAUGUAGUUGCAGCUAGAACAACCUGAUCUGGUUUUCCCAAGAAUCACCAGCGACACGGAAACUCCUUUCCAGAAGGGACUCUGCAGAGAAGUUUGUCAUAAGCUUUGUGAAACUGUCUUGACUGUCAAACAAAGAUAUGGCCUCACUCAUCAGCCUGUGGGCUGAAGAACAUUUGCAGUGCUCAGUUUGUUUUGAAGUGUUCUCUUGCCCAGUGUCUAUCCCAUGUGGCCACAGUUUUUGUAAACACUGCAUCUGUGAGCAAUGGAGCAGUAAAGACAAACAGCAGUGUCCGUUAUGUAAGACAACAUUCGACGAACCAGUUAAUCUUACGGUAAAUGUUGCUUUGGCUGAGAUCACCAAGGAAAUGGGGCGGAAAACACUGAAACGGUCAUUCGAGUCCAGUGGUGUGGUCUGCGAUGUCUGUGUUGGUGAGCAGCUUGAUGCCGUGAAGACUUGCCUGCAGUGCCUCUCAUCUUACUGUGACAGCCACGUUCAGGAACACCUGAUCCGAUAUGAGGAGCACGAGCUGGUCAGCCCGUUGGGGAACCCAAAGGACGGAAUCUGUGAGGUGCACAGCAAGCUCCUCGAGAUGUUCUGCAGGGAGGAUGAUAUGUGUGUUUGCGUACUGUGUGCUGAGGUGGACCACAAGAUGCAUCACCUUGUGCCAGUAGAGAGUGAGUGGACUGAGAAGAAGACCUGCUUGAGGAACACUGAGCUUGAGGUCAAGCAGAAAAUCCUGGACCGCCUGAAGAAGGUGGAGGAACUCAGAAAACUAGUUAUGCUUGGUGAGAAGAAUGCAGAGAAAGAGAUUGAGGAAGGUGUUCAGGUAUUUACUACUCUGAAGCAGACUAUUGAUGAGUGUCAGGCCAGUCUCAUUAAUGAGAUUGAGCAGAAGCAGAGAGCAGUGCAGCAGAGAGCAAAGGAACUCAUUCAGGCUCUCGAGAAUGAGAUCACUGCGUUGAAGGAGAAAAGUGCUAAGCUGAAGAGGUUCUCCAACAACAGGAUCACAUCAACUUCUUAAAGACCUUCUCA